UCUGCAGCUUCUCCUGUCAUCGGAAAUGCCAGGCCAAGGUGGCUGCCCCCUGCAUUCCUCCAUCCAGCCAUGAACUGGCGCCCGUCAACACGGAGAGUGCACCGAAGAAUGUAGUGGACACGGGAGAAGGAGCCUUCCGGGGUGGAAGCACAGGGAAAAGCCUUGAGGGAGACGGCUCCACCAGAGUCCCCCUGAGCGUCCAGCCGCGUCCCCAGCCCAUCAGAAACAUGAGUGUGAGCCGGACCAUGGAGGACAGCUGCGAGCUAGACCUGGUGUACGUCACCGAGAGGAUCAUCGCCGUCUCCUUCCCCAGCACCACCAAUGAGGAGAGCUUCCGGAGCAACCUCCGUGAGGUGGCCCAGAUGCUCAAGUCCAAACAUGGAGGCAACUACCUGCUUUUCAACCUCUCCGAGCGGAGACCCGACAUCACCAAACUCCACGCCAAGGUACUGGAAUUUGGCUGGCCUGACCUCCACACCCCGGCCCUGGAGAAGAUCUGCAGUGUCUGCAAGGCCGUGGACACCUGGCUCAACGCAGACCCCCACAACGUGGUCGUUCUACACAACAAGGGAAACCGAGGCAGGAUAGGUGUCGUCAUCGCGGCUUACAUGCACUACAGCAACAUUUCUGCCAGUGCCAACCAGGCCCUGGACCGGUUUGCCAUGAAGCGGUUCUAUGAGGAUAAGAUUGUGCCCAUUGGUCAGCCGUCCCAGAGAAGGUACGUGCAUUACUUCAGCGGCCUGCUCUCCGGCUCCAUCAAAAUGAACAACAAGCCCUUGUUUCUGCACCACGUGAUCAUGCACGGCAUCCCCAACUUCGAGUCCAAAGGAGGGUGUCGGCCGUUUCUUCGGAUCUACCAGGCCAUGCAGCCUGUUUACACGUCUGGCAUCUACAACGUCCAAGGAGACAGCCAGACCAGCAUCUGCAUCACCAUCGAGCCUGGGCUGCUCUUGAAGGGAGACAUCUUGCUGAAGUGUUACCACAAGAAGUUCCGGAGCCCAGCCCGAGACGUCAUCUUCCGCGUGCAGUUCCACACCUGCGCCAUCCACGACCUGGGGGUGGUCUUCGGGAAGGAGGACCUUGAUGAUGCCUUCAAAGAUGAUCGAUUUCCAGAAUAUGGCAAAGUGGAAUUUGUAUUUUCUUAUGGACCAGAGAAAAUUCAAGGCAUGGAACACCUGGAGAAUGGGCCGAGCGUGUCAGUGGACUAUAACACCUCCGACCCCCUCAUCCGCUGGGAUUCCUACGACAACUUCAAUGGGCCUCGAGAUGACGGCAUGGAGGAGGUAGUGGGCCACACUCAGGGGCCGCUGGACGGGAGCCUGUACGCCAAGGUGAAAAAGAAGGACUCCCUGCACGGCAGCACCGGGGCCAUCAACGCCACGCGGCCCGCCCUGUCGGCCACCCCCAACCACGUGGAGCACACCCUCUCCGUGAGCAGUGACUCCGGCAACUCCACCGCCUCCACCAAGACAGACAAGACUGAUGAGCCAGGCCCCGGCCCCUCCGGCGCCCCUGCCGCCCUAAGUCCCGAGGAGAAGCGGGAGCUGGACCGCCUGCUCAGUGGUUUCGGCUUGGAGCGAGAGAAGCAAGGCGCCAUGUACCACGCCCAGCAUCUCCGGUCCCGCCCGGCGGGGCGCCCUGCUGCACCCCCCUCUGGCCGCCACGUCGUCCCAGCCCAGGUUCAUGUCAACGGCGGGGCCUUGGCGUCUGAGCGGGAGACGGACAUCCUGGACGAUGAGCUGCCCAACCAGGAUGGGCACAGCGUGGGCAGCAUGGGCACACUGUCCUCCCUGGACGGGGUCACCAACACCAGUGAGGGGGGCUACCCGGAGGCCCUGUCCCCGCUCACCAACGGUCUGGACAAGCCCUACCCCAUGGAACCUCUGGUCAAUGGCGGGGGCUACGCCUAUGAGUCCACCAGCCGGGUGGUGCCGGCUGCCCACACGGCCCCCAUGCGGCCCUCCUACUCCGCGCAGGAGGGUCUAGCCGGCUACCAGCGUGAGGGGCCCCACCCAGCCUGGUCACAGCCGCUGACCACUUCCCCCUACGGCCCUGACCCCAGCAGUAUGUUCCGCUCUCAGUCCUUUCCGGAAACCGAGCCCCAGCUGCCCCCAGCUCCGGCCCGUGGGGGAAGCAGCCGGGAGGCUGUGCAGAGGGGUCUGAAUUCCUGGCAGCAGCAGCAGCAGCAGCCUCGCCCGCCUCCUCGCCAGCAGGAAAGGGCCCACUUGGAGAGUCUUGGGCUCAGCAGGCCCAGCCCCCAGCCGUUGGCAGAGACCCCCACGCCUGGCCUCCCUGAAUUCCCGAGGGCAGCCUCCCGGCAGGAAAUCGAGCAGUCCAUCGAAGCCCUCAACAUGCUGAUGCUGGAUCUGGAGCCAGCCACGGCGGCCGCCCCCCUGCACAAGUCCCAGAGUGUCCCAGGGGCCUGGCCAGGGGCCUCCCCGCUCUCCUCCCAGCCCCUCUCCGGCUCCUCCUGCCAGCCCCAUCCACUGAGCCAGUCCCGAUCUGGCUACAUCCCCAGUGGGCAUUCCUUGGGAGCCCCUGAGCCAGCCCCACGGGCCUCGCUGGAGUCCGUCCCUCCUGGCAGGCCUUACUCACCUUAUGAUUAUCAACCAUGUCCAGCUGGACCCAACCAGAGCUUCCGUCCAAAGAGCCCAGCCUCCUCGUCCUCCUCGUCCGCCUUCCUUCCAACCACCCGUGGCCCUCCAGGGCCUCAGCAGCCCCCGGCCUCUCUGCCUGGCCUCACCGCUCAGCCUCAGCUCCCACCCAAGGAGGCGCCUUCAGACCCAUCCCGAACGCCGGAGGAGGAGCCGUUGAACCUGGAGGGGCUGGUGGCCCACCGGGUAGCAGGGGUGCAGGCUCGGGAGAAGCAGCCUGCAGAGCCCCCGGCCCCUCUCCGGAGGCAGGCGGCCAGCGAUGGACAGUACGAGAACCAGUCUCCAGAGCCCACAUCCCCCCGUAGCCCCGGGGUUCGCUCUCCUGUCCAGUGCGUGUCUCCGGAGCUGGCUCUCACCAUCGCUCUCAAUCCUGGAGGGCGGCCCAAAGAGCCCCAUCUGCACAGCUACAAGGAGGCCUUCGAGGAGAUGGAGGGAACCUCCCCGGCCAGCCCACCGCCCAGUGGGGUGCGCUCCCCUCCAGGACUGGCCAAGACCCCCCUGUCUGCUCUGGGCCUGAAGCCCCACAACCCGGCAGACAUCCUGUUGCACCCCACGGGCGAGCCCCGGAGCUAUGUCGAGUCGGUGGUGCGGACGGCUGUGGCUGGGCCCCGAGCUCAGGAUCCUGAGCCCAAGAGCUUUAGCGCCCCGGCCACCCAGGCCUAUGGCCACGAGAUGCCCCUGAGGAACGGGACCCUAGGCGGCUCCUUUGUCUCCCCCAGCCCCCUGUCCACCAGCAGCCCCAUCCUCAGCGCUGACAGCACUUCCGUGGGAAGUUUCCCAUCAGGGGAGAGCAGUGACCAGGGCCCACGGACCCCCACACAGCCUCUGCUGGAUUCUGGCUUCCGCUCCGGCAGCCUGGGCCAGCCCAGCCCUUCGGCCCAGAGAAGCUACCAGAGCUCUUCUCCUCUCCCGACCGUCGGCAGCAGCUACAGCAGCCCCGACUACUCGCUUCAGCAGUUCAGCUCCCCGGAGAGCCAGGCCCGGCCUCAGUUCAGUGUGGCUGGCGUCCACGUGGUGCCCGGGAGCCCUCAGGCACGCCACAGGACAGUGGGCACCAACACUCCCCCUAGUCCUGGCUUUGGCCGCCGGGCCAUCAACCCCAGCAUGGCUGCCCCCGGCAGCCCCAGUCUGAGCCACCGCCAGGCGAUGGUUCCGCCGGGAACUGGCUUCCAUGGUAACACGGUCUCCAGCCCCCAGAGCAGCGCAGCGACCACGCCAGGAAGCCCCAGCCUGGGCCGGCACCCUGGGGCCCACCAAGUUCCAGGCCUCCACGGCAAUGUGGCCACCACUCCAGGAAGCCCCGGCCUGGGCCGGCACCCUGGGGCCCCCCAGGCCACAGGCCUCCAUGGCAACGUGGUGACCACUCCCGGGAGCCCCAGCCUGGGCCGGCACCUGGGAGGGUCUGGAUCUGUGGUUCCUGGCAGCCCCAGCUUGGACCGGCACGUGGCUUAUGGCGGCUACUCUACCCCUGAGGACCGGAGGCCCACGCUGUCCCGGCAGAGCAGCGCCUCUGGCUACCAGGCUCCUUCCACGCCCUCCUUCCCUGUGCCCCCCGCCUUCUACCCCUGCCUGAGCAGCCCCGCCACCUCCCCCUCGCCGGAUUCAGCAGCCUUCCGGCAAGGGAGCCCAACCCCGGCCUUGCCGGAGAAGCGGAGGAUGUCCGUGGGAGACCGAGCGGGCAGCCUUCCCAACUACGCCACCGUCAACGGGAAGGUGUCCUCCUCGCCCGUGGCCAGCGGCAUGUCCAGUCCCAGCGGCGGCAGCACCGUCUCCUUCUCCCACACCCUGCCCGACUUCUCCAAGUACUCCAUGCCAGACAACAGCCCCGAGACGCGGGCCAAAGUGAAGUUUGUCCAGGACACUUCCAAGUAUUGGUACAAACCUGAGAUCUCCAGAGAGCAGGCCAUCGCACUCCUGAAGGACCAGGAGCCCGGGGCCUUCAUCAUCCGGGACAGCCACUCCUUCCGAGGCGCCUACGGGCUGGCCAUGAAGGUGUCUUCUCCGCCUCCCACCAUCAUGCAGCAGAAUAAAAAAGGGGACAUGACCCAUGAGCUGGUGAGGCAUUUCCUGAUAGAGACUGGCCCCAGAGGAGUCAAGCUCAAAGGGUGCCCCAAUGAGCCAAACUUCGGAUCUCUCUCUGCCCUGGUCUACCAGCAUUCCAUCAUCCCACUGGCUCUGCCCUGCAAGCUGGUCAUUCCAAACCGAGAUCCCACAGAUGAAUCAAAAGAUAGCUCAGGCCCUGCCAACUCAACCACUGACCUGCUGAAGCAAGGGGCAGCCUGCAACGUGCUCUUCGUCAACUCUGUGGACAUGGAGUCACUCACUGGGCCACAGGCCAUCUCCAAAGCCACUUCUGAGACACUGGCUGCUGACCCCACACCAGCUGCCACCAUCGUUCACUUCAAAGUUUCUGCCCAGGGAAUUACACUGACUGACAACCAGAGAAAGCUCUUCUUCAGACGACACUAUCCCCUCAACACUGUCACCUUCUGUGACCUGGAUCCACAGGAGAGAAAGUGGAUGAAGACGGAGGGAGGUGCCCCUGCUAAGCUCUUUGGCUUCGUGGCCCGGAAACAGGGCAGCACCACGGACAACGCCUGCCAUCUCUUCGCUGAGCUUGACCCCGCCCAGCCCGCGUCCGCCAUCGUCAACUUCGUCUCCAAGGUCAUGCUGAGUGCCGGCCAGAAGAGAUGAACCCCACCCUCUGCCCGGGGCCGGGGCAGUGCGGGUGGGGCACGUGGAGAGGGGACCCAUGAAUCCUGGCCGCCCUUGAAUCCAGAAGGAGGACUUUGGGCCAAUUUUGGAGAAGGAGAGAAGAAAGUGCGAUGCGGGGAGAGGGAAGUGAAUUGCAGAGGGGAAGGGGGGAGAGAGAGAGAGAGGAAGAAAGAGACAGAGGAGAAUCACUCGGAUUCCCCGGGGUAGAUGGAUACUGCGAAACUCCCAGAGCCUCCGAAACCAACCAGGUCCACCCAGCUCCCCCUCCACCCUCCAAGAGGAUGGAGCUCCUCAGAGGAGACAGAACCAGCCUCCCUGGGGAUCCGUAUUUUGGGGGGAAAUGGAAAAGCCCUGUCCCCCUAACCCAACUGCUUUGCAAGGAGACAUCAAGUCAAGAAAGUCUUUCUCUGGCCACCUCUAGGGUAGAUUGCCAAACCAAAAAGAGCCAUCAUGCGAUAUCAAGUGGAGAACUUUUGCUGUUGAAAGUGUCUCAUUCCCGAGGCCCCUAAGGUCUCUCUGCUCUGCCUCCGAUGUAUAGUUCGUAUGGGUGUAUAUCUGCGGUGUAUGUAUGUCCGCACCCACCUGCUCACACACUGAUUUAUAUCUGCCUCUCUGCUAGAGUUAUAAACAGGUAUCCUUGUCCAGGUCCCAUGUGUUUGCACACACGUGUGCAUACUGUCCAAAGAAGGUUAGAGUCAGGGUGACAGGGCAGCAGAGAGGGAACAUAAGCCCUCUUCCCCAGGAGUACCCAAGAGUAUGGGUGACAAACUCUCUCUUGGUCCCUCCACCUGUGGCCCCUUUCCUCCACAAAGACCCUGCAGGAGGGGGGCCAGCCAGCCUGCAGCAUUACUUCUGUUCUGCCUCUGAGCAUUGGUUUGAGGAGAUGGAGACAGGCAUGUCCACGGCCUUGGGGAAGAGAGCCGUCAGCAGGGGUGACUGUUGAGCUCCGGGCAUCUUCCCCAGGUGUGUGGCCCAGCAGCGAGGCGGCAGGUCGCUCCCACCAGCACCCAGCCCUCAGCCCGUACUCGGGUUCCAUACCCCAGGCCAGCCUUAUCUCAGACUUGCUUAUCUGCAUGAUGCCUUUAGGGGUGCUGGGCGUCGAGCUGUCCUGCAGGCUCCCCAUGUCGGGGCUCACCCUGGGGAAGCUGCUUCCCACAGCCCUGCUCCGUGAGGCCCAGGGGAGACGCCGCUAGUCUUUGUGCUCCCUUUGCAGAUGUUAUGGGGUCUGACUUUCGCUGGGCUGCCCAGCGUGACUUCAGCAGAGCUGUGGGGGCUGCUGCCUGUCCACCACACGCCCUACCGACAAUACCAAAGCCUUGCUCUUCCCCGCUCUGCCUUGGUCUCCCCAGCAGAGCCGAGCUGCCCGUGGAGCAGAGGGCAGAAGGCACGCCUUGAGGCCACGGGGCUGAGUCCAUCUGGGCAAUCGUGAAGCCCCCGCCCGCCACCCAAGGCCUCUAAGCUGGAAGGGAGAAUUCACCAGGACUCCGUUCGUGAAUAGCUUCUUAAGCCUGUGGGGGUCCCCUAGAGAGAGGCAUUGUACUGAUAUAUAAAUAUAUAUAAUAUAUAUGUGAGACAUACUGACAGAAUCUGUAAGCUAAUAAAAUAUAAGAAAACGUUAAAAAAAAGAAUAGGUAAAUUGACAAGAAGUAUUUAUUGUUUUCCCAUAUUGCUUGAUUGCCUUCCUGGGCAGAAACCAGUGCCUGCCCCUCUUUAUGUGUAUAAGUAAAGCCUGAAAUGGGGGGGCCUCUGUCCUUGGAGCAAUCAGCGGGCUCCUGCCCUGGCCUCGGCCUGCCCUAGACUCUGUCUGGGCCUCAGCGGGGAGGGAUGCAUGUGUUCCAUCCCCUCUGGCCCCCUUCUUUUCUGGCAAGCCCGGGCCGGGCUGUCAGCUCCCAGAGAUGAGAGGGGAGCUGUCCCCUCAUCGCAGGCCCGAGCGAGCGUGUGAGCCUGCGGGGAUGUGCAUGAGUGUGGCGGGCAUGGGUGACGUGUGCGUCUUUUGUAUCUUUUCUCCUCCAAGAGGCUGUAUCAGUGUGGACGUCCAGGGAGUUGGAAAGGAGAGUCUGAAAAAGGCGGGGAGCAGCCCCCUGCUUCCCAAAGAUUGACACCUUGUGCUUGGUGACCAAGGGUCCUCCAAAGUGCUCUCCUUCUGAGGCAUUGAAGCCUGAUACCCCGAUCUUCCCUCUCCCCACCCCCCCUUCACCCCAACUGCCCUCCCAGACAGAAGGAGAUGUCCCCACCUGCUUCCUCUGUAAAUAUCUUGAUCUCCCCCGGGACAGCCUGGGACCUUCUCCUCCUGGUCUGGACGUCCCCUCCACACUUGAGGUUGGGCCGAGCGGCAGACCCUUUGGCAGCCAGACCCGGGUCCAGGUCUGGGGUCAGCCUUCCCACGUACUCUCCUAACGCCCGCCAGCAGCCCCCCUCCCAGAAACAGCUGGCCCACCGCACUCAGGCCUCAGCCAGUGUGAGCCUGCGGGACGGACCCAGGGGGUGCUAGGAAGCUGGUCCACACACUCCCAGCAUCCUUCUGGAGAAAAUGGGUUUCUAGAAUUUGGCCUUUCCAGAAAAA